UCUCAGGUCAGUUUUUAGUGCCGAACAAGGCACGCUGAUGCACGGCGUUGAAAAACGCAAAACUGAAGUCAGAUCUGCAAACGGAAGCGGAAACCGAGGCGAGCACAUAUGGCACUUGGCGGCUAAAUCACCUUUUUCAGCCAUGACGAAACUCUCCGAGGGCACAAUAGAGGCUCUUUCAAAUGGCAACAGUGUCAGCGACGCAGUGCUUCAGCUGGUGAACAUUCGCAAGCUCGAUGGAGGAAACGGUCCUCCUCGCUUUCGGGUGAUGAUGAGCGAUGGGAAGCACACUCUGUCAUCAUUCAUGCUCUCCACCCAGCUGAACCACAUGGCUGAGGAAAACACACUGACCCCAAACUGCAUCUGCAUUUUGAAGAGACAUGUGACCAAUAUAUUGAAGGAUGGACGACGAGUCGUAAUCAUUUUGGAAAUUGAUGUCAUUAAGGCUGCGAAAGAUGUUGCGGGUAGAAUAGGAGACCCUACUCCUUACGCUGAGGGGCAAAGUAAAGGCCCGCAGUCGGCUCCAGUCCCUGAAAACCGGCCUCCACUGCAGCCACAGAACAGAAAUGAAGCAGUGAACAGAGGUUUAAGCAGAGAAUUUGGGAAGAAGGCUCCAUCUGUUAUGCCAAAUACUCCAGGGGGCAGCUCCAAAGGGGUGCCCAUCGCAAGCCUCAACCCCUACCAGUCCAAGUGGACGAUCCGCGCUCGUGUAACCAACAAGAGCGCCAUUCGUACAUGGAGCAACUCUCGGGGUGAUGGCAAACUGUUCUCCAUGGAACUAGUCGAUGAGAGUGGAGAGAUACGAGUGACUGGCUUUAACCAAGAGGUGGACAAGUUCUACAGUCUUAUUGAGGUCGGCAAGGUCUACUACAUCUCCAGGGGCUCCCUUAAGAUCGCCAACAAGCAGUACACAUCAGUAAAGAACGACUAUGAGAUGACACUCAAUGGCGAGUCCACCGUUAUCCCCUGUGAAGACAGCUGUGAUGUUCCCAUGGUGCAGUGUGACUUUGUUUCUAUUGGUGACUUGGAGAACAGAGACAAAGAUGCUAUCGUUGAUGUAAUUGGAGUGUGCAAGAGUGUGGAUGACAUAACCCGGCUGACAACUAAGUCCAACCGCGAAGUGUCUAAGAGAACACUCGGCCUGAUGGAUAUGUCUGGGAAGGUGGUGACUGUCACACUGUGGGGAGAAGAAGCAGAAAAGUUCGACGGCGCUGGACAGCCUGUUGUUGCCAUUAAGGGGGCAAAGCUUUCAGACUUUGGAGGCCGGUCACUCUCUGCAUCCUUCAGCAGCACACUUAUGAUCAACCCAGACAUCCCUGAGGCAUAUAAGCUCAGAGGCUGGUAUGACAAGGAGGGUCACGCCAUAGAUGGACAGUCUCUGACAGAGGUGAAAGGUGGCAGCGGGGGAGGAAACACCAACUGGAAGUCUCUAGCUGACGUGAAGACUGAGCAUCUGGGACACGGAGACAAGGCAGACUACUUCACCUGUGUAGCCUCUAUUGUGUUUCUGCGCAAGGAAAACUGCCUUUAUCAGGCCUGUCCCAGCCAGGACUGCAACAAAAAAGUGGUUGACCAGCAGAAUGGCAUGUUUCGCUGCGAGAAGUGUGACAAAGAAUUCCCCAACUUUAAGUACCGCCUCAUCCUCUCUGCCAACAUUGCGGAUUAUGGGGACAACCAGUGGGUGACUUGCUUCCAGGAAAGCGCAGAGGCCAUCCUGGGCCAGAACGCAGCUUACCUGGGGCAGCUCAAGGACUCGAAUGAAACUGCCUUCGAUGAGGUCUUCCAGCGAGCCAACUUCAACACUUUUGUCUUCCGCAACAGAGUGAAGCUGGAAACGUAUAAUGAUGAAUCCAGGAUUAAGGCAACAGUGAUGGAUGUGAAGCCUGUUGACCAUAAGGACUAUAGCAGGAAGUUGAUCAUGAACAUAAGGAAACUGGCAGCUAACCACUAGGAAGCUUUGACAGGUGGUUUUGUUUUGUUUGCAAAUUUUUCUUUUUCUGUACAGCCAAAAAAAAAAAAAAGGAAAAAAAAAGCUGUCACUGUUGUGGGUUUUGCUUGCAAAUUAGUUGGACUUCAGUUGCUUAUUUACCUUAAUAUGAUGACUGUGGAGUACUAAUGGAGUGACUGUUCAUAUUUGUCAUGUGAAAUUGUUUUUUGUACCCUUUUCUUUGUCCUUUUUCAUGGAGAUCAAAAAUGAACUUGUUUUGUUUUUUGUUAUUUGUGGAGUCAGAGGAGAGAGAGUGGGUCAGUAAGCCACAAACGAAAUCACCACAGUGUCUGUCUUAAGUAAGCCAGCUGUUCAUGUGUAUACUGUUGUCAUGUGGAGGCGGUGGCUGCUUUUUUUACCAGAAGACCAGCAAAGUAGUUUGCACUCCUUUUCACCCUCCGACGUGCACUCAGAAUGGCAGGGCCGGACCUGCACAUCCCUGAUAAGGCCGCUUACUCUCCCACUCUUUUUGCUCAGUCUCUCGCAUACUUGCAAGCAUAAGCACAUACACACAUGCACAGUGCAGACGUAAUGGGAAAUGUACUACAUUCUAUUUUGUGUUAAGUAGAUAAGUGUUGUGGAUGUUUCCGAUGUCUGUUUCAUGAGUUUUGUAAUUCUGUUGAUUCUUGUGAUGAUUGCCAUGAGAAUAAAGAUUCGUAAUCACAUUA